CGGGUGAGGCCGCUCUUUCCUCUCGGCUCGGUGGUGAUGCAGUUUACCCGCGGGUUGUCAAGGAGUCCGUGGUUGCACAGCUGCCAGCGCUUACUUAGAAGCCUGCUUGGAGGUAAUGGCUGAGAAGCUGGAUCCUGAUGCCCUGUCCGAUGGUUCCGAGCCACUUUUUUCCUUUGGAGUUAUAGCAGAUAUUCAAUAUGCUGAUUUAGAAGAUGGAUUCAAUUAUCAAAGAAGCAGGCGGAGGUACUACAGACACAGUCUUGUUCACUUACAGGGUGCCAUUGAAGACUGGAAUAAAGAAAGCAUCAUGCCCUGCUGUGUCCUCCAGCUUGGAGACAUCAUCGAUGGCUACAACGCACAGUAUAAAGUAUCGGAAAAGUCUCUAGAAGUUGUCAUGAACACAUUCAAAUUACUUAAAGCCCCAGUUCACCACACAUGGGGAAACCAUGAAUUCUAUAACUUCAGUAGAGACUUCUUAACGAACUCUAAACUUAACAGCAAGUUUCUAGAAGACCGAAUUGUGCAGCAUCCUGAGACCAUGCCAUCAGAGAACUAUUAUGCUUAUCACUUUGUACCAUUCCCUAAAUUCCGGUUCAUUUUACUUGAUGCUUAUGACCUGAGUGUCCUGGGCAUAGAUCAGUCUUCUCCAAAAUAUGAGCAGUGUAUGAAGAUGCUGAGGGAACACAACCCAAAUGUGGAGUUAAAUAGUCCCCAAGGACUUUCUGAGCCCCAGUAUGUCCAGUUUAAUGGAGGAUUCAGCCAAGAGCAGCUGAACUGGUUGAAUGAAGUUCUUACGUUCUCUGACCUGAACGAGGAAAAGGUGGUGAUUGUGAGCCAUCUUCCCAUUUACCCAGAGGCCUCUGACAGCGUGUGCCUGGCUUGGAACUACAUGGAUGCCCUGUCAAUCAUAUGGUCUCACAAGUGUGUGGUGUGUUUCCUUGCCGGUCAUACACAUGACGGUGGUUACUCUGAGGAUUCUUUUGGUGUGCACCAUGUCAACCUUGAAGGAGUUAUUGAAACAGCUCCAGAUAGCCAGGCCUUCGGCACAGUUCACGUCUACCCUGACAAAAUGCUUCUGAAAGGGAGAGGCAGAGUUCCAGAUAGAGUUAUGAACUACAGAAGGGAGCAGGCUGUGUGUUUGUAGUCUAUUAUCUUGCCUGUCUUUGUAGAAAGAGAAUGUUGCUGUUUUGUGUUUACUCCAUUGCAUAAAAAGUUAAACUCUCACUGGGGGUGGUGGCGCACGCCUUUAAUCUCAGCACUUGGGAGGCAGAGGUAGGCAGAUCUCUGAGUUUGAGGCCAGCCUGGUCUACAGAGUGAGUCCAGGAUAGCCAGGGCUAUUAACACAGAGAAACCCUAUCUUGAAAGCAAACAAACAAAAAAAGCUAGAUUCUCAGUCCCUUUCUUAAGUAUUCUGUUUGUGUACAAAAUGAAUUUGUGGCUUUCAAUAUGUGUGAGUGAAGAUGAAAUUCACAAGUGUUGAAGUGUUGUUUUUAGACAAUAUAUCCAAGCCCCAACAGCUAGACGUAAAGUAAACCGGGAAGGAGACUCAUGGGCAUAUAGUCUGAUAAGGGACUGUAUGCAGCCUAAUUUGAAUUUCUUCUUUUUUGUGCAAGGAGUAUGUGCACUUGUGUUAACUCUAGAGCUUCAUACGUGAAAGCCCAGGCAAGUCUGCCUUGCUUCCCCGCUGUGUGGACCAUUUUAGUUCAGAACACCUAUACUUAGAUAAAGGUGACAUUCCUGUUCUGUGAAGAAAAACUGAGAAGUUAUUUCAGUGAAAGCAUGGUGCUUCCAUCUCAGAAGGGCCUUCAGGGAAGUGCUAAGUAACACCAGGACCAAG